UCCUGUCACUUGCAAACCACCUGUUAGAGCUUGGAAGGGAAAAACAAAUCUCGAUCUAUUGUAGUUACAUACAUCAGAAAUGUUGCCUGUUUAACAAAUCCAGUUGAAUAGGACUUGAAAACUUGAGAGGGCUUGUCAUCUGAAGAGUGGUUGAGGGUUUUGGUUCAGUUUAGGAUGGAGUUUAGAAGGAUGGGAGGGAAUUUUAUUGGCACUUACAGAAUACUGAGAGGCCUGGAAGGAUUGUACAUGGAACAGAGAAGAUGUUUCCACUAGGAGGAGAGAUUAGGACAUGCGGGCACAGUCGCGGAGUGAAGAGGCCAACCUUUAGAACUAAGGUAAGAAAGAAUUUCUUCAGACAGGGAGUGGUUAAUCUGAGGAAAACAUUGCAGGAAGCCGACGUCAUUCGGACUAUUUAAGAUAGAGAGAGAGAUGGGUUCUUGAUUAAUAAGGGGAUCAAGGCUUUCAGAAGAAGGCUGGCGAUUGGGCUUCAGAAACAUCACAGCCAGAAUUGAAUGGCAAAGCAGACUGAGGAGGUUGAAUGAGCUAAUUCUGCCCCUAUAUCUUAUGGUCUUAUGGAUUUGACACUAAAUAUUUCAUUGGUCCUUUUGUGAUGAAGCCACUUCUGGGUGCAAGUGUUUUUUUAAAAUGUCUUUAGUUUUUGCCUUAUAUAGUCAGGAAGGCAAAUGUAAUGUUGGCAUUUAUUGUGAAAAGAUAUGAAUCUAAAAACAGGGCUGUACCUCUGAGGCUUUAUAAGGCUCUGGUCUGGCCGUACUUGGAGUACUGCGUGCAGACUUGGGCCCAUAUCUCAGGAAGGAUGUACUGUCCCUGGAACGUGUUCAGAGGAGGUUCACGAGAAUGGUCCAGGGAAUGGAAACCUUAAAAUAUGAGGAACGGUUGAUGACUCUGAGACUAUACUCAUUUGGAGUUUAGAAGGAUGAGGGGUGAUCUAAUUGAAACUUUCAGAACACUGAAUGGCCUCGACAGAAUGGUUGUUGGGAAGAUGCUUCCAUUGGUAGGAGAGACGAGGCCCCGAGGGCACAGCCUUAGAAUGAAGACAAGACCUUUUAAAUUGGAGAUUUGCAGAAACUUCUUCAGCCAGAGAGUUUUAAAUCUGUGAAAUUCACUGCCACAGAAUGCUGUGGAGGCCAGGAAAUUUAAAACUGAGACAGAUAGGUGCCUGAUUAUCAAGGGGAUCAAGGGCUAUGGGGAGAAAGCAGGAGAAUGGGGUUGAGGAACUUAUCAGCCAUGACUAAAUGGCAGAACAGACUCAAUGGGCCGAAUGGCCUAAUUUCUGCACCUAUGUCUUACGGUUUUGUGGUCUUAAAUAAUUGCAGGUCUAAAACCUUUGACAGCCCAAACUCUGAGAAAGAUGAAGAACCAAGUUCACCAAAAGAGACAGCAACAAUUUCAAAUUCUGGAAAUGUUGACAGUGCAAAUGGUGAGGAAAAUGGAAGUUGUGUUUCUUCAGGAUCCAGCGAAAUAAUUGCUGAGUCUAAAACCUUUGACAGCCCAAACUCUGAGAAAGAUGAAGAACCAAGUUCACCAAAAGCGACUGCAGACAUUUCAAAUUCUGGAAAUGUUGACAGUGCAAAUGGUGAGGAAAAUGGAAGUUGUGUUUCUUCAGGAUCCAGCGAAAUAAUUGCUGAAAGAGAAGAAGGAACAAUCCAGAAUAAUUUUGAUUUGGAGGAGGUCCAACUUCAAAAGGAGCAAGAAGGCGUUUGCAGCAAUUGCAGCUGUGAAAGCGUCGAGUCUGAACACGGUCCGAAUUCUGAUGAAAUUCAGAAUUUAAGUUCACCAGAAAAGGGAGCGACAGUCAAGAAAAGCAUAGACUUCAACAGAUCAAGCUUUCUAGAAGAAUAUAAUUUCAGUCCUGCAGAAAAGGAAACACUAAUGAAAAUUGCUAUACCUGAAAUUCUUGAAAUCUGGCUGGAGGAGUCUGCCGAAGACUUUCGUCAAGUUCCAACUUACUCUUGUCUCCGGAAGGUACUUUGCUACUUGAACCAGACAGUGCCGGGGUCAGAUGCUGAACAUCGGGCCCAGAAACUCCUGAGUCGGUUUUUGGCGGAGGAAACAGCGGAGAAAGAGAUGUUCAAAGGCUACCGUAGAAGAGUUAGAUUCUAUAUUGGAGAAGAACACGACCAAACCAUCGAACAAGUUGACGAAAAGCUCCUGUCCUACCCAUCACGCUUCAUUGCAGAGCAGCUGACUUUUAUGGAUGCUGAUCUUUUUCGGAAACUUGUGCCCAGCCAAUGUUUAGGGUCCAUCUGGUCUCAACGAGGGAAGGAAGAAAAACAGCAUCUGGUAUCAACCGUCCAGGCCACCAUUACACAGUUCAAUAAUGUUACAAAAUGUGUCACCAGCACCAUAUUAAGACCUCAACAGCUGAAACCACGGCAGAGGGCUAAAAUCAUUGAGAAAUGGAUUGAUGUUGCCCAGGAAUGUAUGAUUUUGCAGAAUUUCUCGUCAGUGCAUGCAAUUUCUACGGCAUUGCAAUUGAAUAGUGUGUUCAAUUUGAAGAAGACUUGGGCAGCCGUGUCAAAGAGCAGUAAGACAACAUUUGAAGACCUUUCAAAUAAUGAAGAAGAUAACUUUAUAGCAAGUAGAGAGCUGCUAAUGGAGGAUAUCGUUCAGGGAAUUGUGCCGUACCUGGGAACUUUCUUAACAGAAUUUUCAGCGCUGGAUUCGGCUUUCCCGAAUUGCCAUUCAAAUGGCUUGAUCAACUUUGACAAGAGACAAAAAGAAUAUGAAAUAAUUUUGGGUAUCAAAUCCCUGCAGUUUGCUUGCUCAUCUUACACCCUUCGUCCAAACGAGAAUUUUCUAGACUUGUUCUUUAUGCAACAAUACUUAAGUGAGGAUAGCGAGUACGUAACUGGUAUUGUAGGAGUGUGCAGCUCCUCUGAACUCGAGAAACCGCCAAAGCCCAAAAAGAGUGUGUUUAAACACCUCAGCUGCCUGUUUUCAAAGAGAGGUGUUAAAAUACACAACACUCAAACUAAAAGCUCUGAGCAGCGAGCAUCCCUUCAGAAUGAGGAUUCAGACGACAGCAUUACCGCAGCCAACAUUUUAUCCGAUUCCAGCCACUUGGAAAUGGAAGAGCCGAACACUUCGCAAAAAGCGCCGGAAAAGUCAUUAAAAUCCGUGGAUACUGCCUCCUGUGGAGGUUUAUCCAACAGUGGUGCACCAGCAAAAUCAAAUUAUGACAAAGCCAAGUCUGGUAGGCGUGCGGGUUUGGGCAGCUGCUGGUGUGCAACACGUCGGAGGGACAACCACCAGAAUGAGAAAAGCUGCCUCAUCCGAGUCCGAUUAGAGGAGGACAGAGCACAACAAUUCAAAAUGAUUUUGGUGACUAAUCAAGAUCGUGUAUCUGAAGUUCUCAACAAAGCUAUGACCGCGCUCAAAUUUGAACCCGAGCAUCCUCAGGAAUUUGAUCUAGUACAGAUCAUUGAAUCAAAUAAAGUGCUCAUACUUCCGGCCAAUGCCAUCCUGUAUUAUGCAAUGGACAAGAAAGUGAAUCAUGACUUCAUCCUGAGAUUCACCGAAAGAAGAUCUUCAUGUCUAUGCAAGUUUUAGCUGCAAUGUUCGAGCCUCCUUCGCAAUAUGAAUCAAUGAGCUCUGGUGAGGGAGGGAAUUAGAGAGCUCACCGCCCUGAUUUUUGAGAGGUCGUAUGUAUAUUAUUUCCUUCUCCUCCUGUAAAUCACUUGGUGCUCGACAUAGGAUUCACUAAUUAGACAUUUACACAUAACCACUUUAAAAUUAAAAUGGUUCAACAUCGAGGCUAUGCCAACAAUACCAGCCACAGGUAGAAGAGAAAAUCAUCU